AUACAAAGAAAAAAAGAAAAGAGACGAAAAGUAAUUAAGGCGCUUGAUACAAACGCGAUGGUGUUUUACAAUAUGUAAAUAUAAUUAUCCGAGCGGAGUUUUCAUUCCUGGAAUUCGCCAUUGGCAACCGAGCAGCUCAGAGUCUCAGCGGCAAAUACAAAACUACAAAACCAACAAAAACUACAAUAACAAAACGCAACACGCCAACUGCAAGUUUAGUUUGAGCCGGUUUUAUAAUUACUCCACUUCACUCUACUCCAUCCCAACCCACCUCACUCUACUCCAUCCCAACCCACCUCACUUUACCUCACUUCAGUGGCCGCCGUUUUGGCCCAAAGCUCAAGCCAGGCCCAGACCGAGGCUGAGACUGAGGCCUAGGCGAAGGCGCAGGCGCGGCCAUUGCAACUGCUGCUGCUGCUGUUAACAAUUCCAAAAGCAGCUAGAUAAAAUACAAAAAAAGUUAACAGCCAACGGCAAUUGGAAUAGCAAUUGGUUUUGUGCUGAAGGCGCUGCAAUUUCCAUCAGCGAUCAUUGUGAAAAAUUAUUAUCUUGCUGAAAAGCUUACGGGAUAACUGUGAUUACUGUGCAACUAUAUACAUAAAUCUAUAUAUAUAUAUAUAUAGCUAGUGUGUGUGAGUGUGUGUGUGUGUAUCUGUACUUUAAUCGACACAUCGGGAAUUGAGUGGAACUGCAACUGCAACUGCAACUGCGACGAUGGCAGUGUCCUGCCCAGAAGUAAUGUACGGUGCCUAUUAUCCAUAUCUGUAUGGGCGCGCAGGACCUAGUCGUUCAUUUUAUCAAUAUGAGAGGUUUAACCAGGAUCUGUACUCGUCCUCGGGCGUACAGCUGGCCGCCUCAUCGAGCGCCUCGGGCAGCUCCCACUCGCCUUGCAGUCCCAUCCUGCCGCCCUCGGUGAGCGCCAAUGCUGCCGCCGCUGCCGUUGCUGCCGCUCACAAUUCGGCAGCUGCUGCCGUUGCGGCGGUGGCCAAUCAAGCCUCCUCCUCCGGCCUGCAGCUUGGAGCUGUUGGCGGCGUUGGCGUUGGCAGUGGUCCAGCCAGUGGAUUACUGGGCAGCAAUGUGCCGGGAGGAAGCAACGCUGCCAACGCCGGCCUUGGCAUGAGCCCAGUGUUAAGCGGCUCCGGAGCCGGACACGGCAUUCACAGCCGGACGCAUCAAACCAAAGAAGAGGAUCUCAUCGUGCCGCGAAGCGAAGCUGAAGCGCGCCUGGUGGGCUCCCAACAGCAUCAUCAUAAUGAAUCAUCCUGCUCCUCUGGCCCGGACUCGCCGCGCCAUCCGCACUCCCACCCGCAUUCGCUGCACGGCACGGCCGGAGCGUCCUCGACGGGCGUUGGCUCCGGCACGGGCGCCAUGUCCAAGGAGCUGCCACUGGACACCAGCAGCAGCACUGGCGGCGUCGGUGUCCCUGGCGCCAGCAGUCAAGGACAUGCCCAGUAUCUAUCGGCCACCUGCGUUGUAUUCACCAACUAUUCGGGCGACACGGCCAGCGUUGUCGAUGAGCAUUUCUCCCGUGCGCUCAAUUACAGCAACAAGGACACAAAAGAUAGCAGCAGCCCCAUGUCGAGUCGCAAUUUCCCACCAUCGUUCUGGAACAGCAAUUACGUGCAUCCCAUACCCGCCCCCACACAUCCACAGGUUAGCGACUUGUACGGCACCGCGACGGACACCGGCUACGCCGCAGAUCCCUGGGUGCCGCACGCAGCUGCCGCUCACUAUGGUUCCUACGCGCACGCGGCACACGCGCAUGCGGCCCACGCACACGCCUACCACCACAACAUGGCCCAGUACGGCAGCCUGCUGCGCCUGCCCCAGCAGUACAGCCACGGCACCAGACUCCACCAUGACCAGCAGACGGCUCAUGCCCUGGAGAGUGCGGCGGCCUACUCGAGUUACCCAACGAUGGCAGGACUGGAAGCUCAAGUGCAGGAAUCGUCAAAGGAUCUGUAUUGGUUCUAGGAGCGUUCGGUCAGGACCAGGAGGUCACUCGUGUUAUCCCACAACGCCGGCUGGCCCAGCUGGUGAGGGGGGAAUUUUCGUUGAUGUUGUAUAAAA